AUGGCGAUGAUGAUGACUGGCCGUGUGCUGCUGGUGUGUGCCCUCUGCGUGCUGUGGUGCGGUGCCGGCGGUAGAUGUGACGGGGGAGAAACGGCGGGUCUUCGGAGUGAUGAACCUCCGCCGGAAUCACAAGAACUUGAAAAGUCUCCACAAGUCACCCAAGACUUACAAGAUGAAGCAGGAGGUGUUGUAGAGACAGCAGUACCUUCCACAACCACAAGGAAAGAUGAAGAAGAUGGUGAUGAUGGUGAUAAAGGGACGGAAGGUGAAGAAAGAACAAAAGGGCAGGGUGGUCAAGGAGGAAAAGCUGCACCAGACCCAGAUUCCGGGGAAAGGGAUUUAAGUGGCAGCGGGCAGCAAACACACCAGUCAAUUUUAUCUGCAGGGGACAUUUCUCAUUCCGACAGUCAGGAAUCAAAUGCCAAUCCUACGCAAACGGAAGUUGAAGGAAAGAAUGAGACUGACGAAAAUACACCUGCAGCAGAGAACGCACUCACAACAGUUAACGGAGAGCACACACUGCCUGCUGGAAUUGUGGAAGGAAAUCUUCCAUCACCUUCAAAAGACAGUCUUGCUUCCCGCAAACAGGAUGGCGAAUACACCACGAGUGAAGGUAAAGAAAAUGUUCCGUCGCCUGCGACCGCGGCCACAUUACAAAGCCACCGAGACAAAGGCUCAGAAGGGACUGGGGAAGAUACAAAAGCAACGACAGUAACCGCCAACACAACUGAUACGACGAAGCCUGGCGACAGUGACGGCAGCACCGCGGCCUCCCACACCACCUCCCCUCUUUUGCUUCUUCUUUUUGCGUGUGCGGCUGCUGCUGCGGUGGUGGCCGCGUGA